AUGAACCUGGACCAUCCCAUAGACCUUCACCAAAUUGAUCAUCCUCGAAAGUCGAUUCCAUGUCUUCCGUUUUUCUCUGAUCUGUGGUGUAGACUUGAUGGUGAUUCGUAUGAACUUAUUGAUGCAGUCUCUGCUUUAGGUAUAUUUGAAACUCGUAGCGUUUGUCAGCGUGGUUGGAAAGUGGAAUUUCAAAUUAGUGAUUCAGUUGUGAUCCCUGUUGUUGGCUAUACGCAAAUCAAAGAAGCUCAUCCACCCACCAUGAAAAUUUUGUAUGCUCCAGAUCCAUCUAUUCCACUCCACACUGCUACAAAAUACUACAAACAGAAUGAAAGUUCCUCCGAAGUGGACUCUUCUAUGGUAACCCGAGGUUAUCGAUAUGGUGGAACACUUGUUCCUUUUGGCGAAGAAGAUAUGGCCGCUUUAAAACCACCUUCGGAAAAAAAUUUGAGUGUCAUUGGAUUCACGGAUGCCAAAAAUGUCCCUCAUUAUUUAUACACUGGUGAAAGUGUCAUGGUUUUUGUGGCUGAAGCGGUUCAACAGGUUGAAGACAGUGAAGUCAGUCCUCCGUCAAGUUCAACAGCGUUGGCUGCAUUAGCUCAAGCACUUUAUGAAGUUGGCGGUGUUGCUCUUAUUCGAAGGGUAUAUAGUCGAACAAGUGCACCUAGACUAGGAGUUUUAACACCUGUAGUUCAGGAUAACAGAGUGUCACUGGUAUACACUGAUUUAGCGUUUAAUGAAGAUAUUCGUAACUUGGAACUUCCGAGUUUACCAGUUUCUUGUGAAUCUUCCAGUUCCACUUCAAAAGAUUUUACUAAAUCACAAGAAAGUAGAAAGUCACAAAGAGAUUGUCCAUCUGAAGAGCAGUUGUCUGCUAUGGAUUCUUUUAUUAACUCUAUGAUGUUAAACUACUCAGAUGACAGUGAAGAUGAUGAGACAGAUGAUAAAGAGAAGGAGGAUAUUAAUAAUAGUUCGUCAAAUAUAAGCUUCACGCCACAGCGUAUACCAAAUCCUUGGAUUCAGCGGUUCUUCACUUGCCUUAGGCAACGUGGUCUUAAUCCAACAAUGCCACUACCAUCUUCUACAAACCAUUCACAACAUUGGUUGUCACCUGAAAUGUUUCCUGGUCUAGAAGAAAUCAUAACAAGAAUCAGUUCAGACUCUGGAGACCCAUUUGUGAGUGAAUCUCGCAGUAUGCUUCUCACAUCAUUUCCGUCUCUUCGCUCUGCCAGUGAAUCAGUUGAUUUGACUGAAGAAUACUUGGCUAAACGGAGGCGUCUCAUGGAGGAAGAACUUUAUGGCACGUCUCCUUCUACAAAGGAUGCAGACAACGAACAGCUGUCACCGAAUUCAGAAUUAACCAAUGGUACUUCACAAAAUACUACCACGUCAAGUUCCAUUCAAAUAAAUUCAGUUCAAGAUUUUGAAGUCCUUCUCUCUAAGCAACAGACGGAACUCGCUUGUAGACUCAUGGAAGAGCAUAUCACUCAACUGGUCACUGAUCCUUUCACUGCGAAUAUGUUACGUCCUAAAGCUAUAGCUUGUCUUUAUGCUUAUCGAAAACACGCUCAAUGGAAUAAGAAAAUUAUAAGUAACAAUAAUGAGAAAGACAAUUCCGGUGAUAUCAUUUCUAGUGAAACAGGCGAUAGCUGCACGAACCAUCUGGAAAUUGCUCGAGCAUACAAUAAUUUCAUUCGUGAAUGGCGUCAAGACCUCAUUAAUCGUAAUCUUCUUGGAAGUGAUCUUUCAUCUUUUUCUGCUCCAGUCGACAACAAGUUAUCAUUCUGGCUGGAGACGAUCACUCAAGGUUUCGGCUUAUUGUGUGAAGAAGAAGUACCAGGAAUCGAUGUCAGCCAGUCAGAAAAUAUGGCAUUUUUGAACCUGGAUGACGUGGUAUCAUAUCCUCAAGCUGCUGAAAUAAAAAGCGCUGCAUCCCUCUCUCCUAAUCAUGUUUUAAGAGUGGAUCAUUUGCUUAAUGAUGACUUCGAGUGA